GGUGUCAUGGCGGCCUCCGUGCUGGGUUCCACCUGCGGCCCCCUGCGACCUGGCGUUACCGGCCUGUGCCGCCGCCGGCCGCCCCGGAGCCUGUGGGCUCGCGCGCGGCGGCUCCCGGGGCUCGCGGGGUCCGGACGGAGCGUGGCGGCGGCCAGCGGAUCGGGCGGAUCGGGCGCCUCGGGCACCUCGGGCACCGACCGCUACUGCAUGGAGCUGCUGCGGAAACGAGACUAUGAGGGCUACUUGUGCUCCCUGCUGCUCCCCGCAGAAUCCAGAAGCUCUGGUUUUGCCCUGAGGGCCUUCAACGUGGAACUGGCUCAGGUUAAGGACUCAGUCUCUGAGAAAACAAUUGGACUGAUGCGAAUGGAGUUUUGGAGAAAAACCGUGGACGACAUAUACAGUGACAACCCACCCCAGCAGCCUGUGGCCAUUGAGCUGUGGAAGGCUGUCAAAAGACAUAAUCUGACUAAAAGAUGGCUUAUGAAAAUCAUUGAUGAAAGAGAAAAAAAUUUGGAGGACAAAGCAUAUCGUAAUAUCCAAGAACUGGAAAAUUAUGCUGAAAACACUCAGAGUUCUCUCCUUUAUUUAACACUAGAAAUAUUGGGUGUAAAGGAUCUUCAUGCAGAUCAUGCCGCAAGUCACAUUGGAAAAGCGCAGGGCAUUGUCACUUGCUUGAGAGCAACGCCCUAUCAUGGUAGCAGAAGAAGGGUGUUCCUUCCCUUGGAAAUUUGUAUGCUGCAUGGUGUUUCGCAAGAGGAUUUUCUACGGCAGAACCAAGAUAAAAAUGUGAGAGAUGUGAUAUAUGACAUUGCCAGCCAAGCACACUUGCACCUAAAGCAUGCUAGGUCCUUCCACAAAAGUGUUCCUGUGAAAGCAUUUCCUGCUUUUCUUCAGACGGUUGCCCUGGAGGACUAUUUAAAGAAAAUUCAACAGGUGGAUUUUGACAUAUUCCACCCAUCUUUACAACGGAAGAAUACACUACUACCAUUAUCUUUGUAUAUUCAGUCAUGGAGAAGAAGAUAUUAAAAUAAUUUUAUGGCACUGACUUUUACUUUUAUUAGUUUUACAAAAGUAUACUAUUUACAGUUCUUGUUUACAAACAGCAGGAGCUGACUGUUUUACUUAAGAAUUUUUAGGAUGGGGGUGUGGGGCUCACAGACUUGAUGAGAUGUUGCUGGGGGGCCAGAGUGCCCCAGCAUUGCCCAGGCUCUGCCCCAGGCACCAGCGCUGUCACCAGCAGCCCAGCGGGUGUCUGCUGGGCUCUCUCUGUCAGGUGGGAGCCCCAGGAAGGAGUGUGGAUUGAGCUGUACUGAGGCUGCAGACCGUGUGCAGCCACCAGGGGGCAGAAGAAGUAAUGUCUCCUCGCUUCUUUACCCCUGGACAAGAGCAUAGGAGCCCGGCUUGCCUGUGGGGCGGCCACAACUCGAGGGGCCAGUACAGCUAGGGGGCAUGAAAAGCGAAGUUAAUAUCUGAGGAGUGUCAAUCACUUUUUCUCCCUAACAUUUCAUCUUUACAACUCUAUGAAAACUUACCCAUGAUGAUAAAAGAACUUUAAGGUGAACCAGCCGGCUGUCGAAAGCUAGAACCCUAGUUUGACCUUAGGUCUGGCUGACUUGAAAGCUUUUACUGUUUUUUUGUUUUUUGAUUUUUAAUCCCGCUGCUUUACGAUCUGUCCUGCAGCAUUAUCAUGACCAAAACUGCCUUAACAAAAUGUGUAUUAAUGUAAAGUAUAUUACCAAAAUUGUAUUGAGCAUUCAUAGGAGAUACUACAUUUUUUUAAAAACUAGUAUACUAGCUGAGCCUCCCAGUGAUAAGCUCUGGCCAUAUACUUUCAUCAGUGUUCUCCUCUGAUCUUGAAAAAGAGAAAUAAGGAUUUUUUUUUUUGGUAAUUAAAAAAUUUUAAUCCUCAAGUACAUACUAACUACCAAAAACAUAGUUGUGUGCACUGGCUGGUCAUGGGAAGAUCUGGACUCUGAGCCUCUGACUGCAAGGCCAGGGUUAUGCCACAGCUUCCUUUCCCUGCCUGUUCCGUGGUCCUCUAGUGUUCUGUCCCUCCAUCUCAUCUCUCCUAAACCUUCGGCUGGAAUUAGUGCCUACUUCCAUUGUGAAUCAGUGAUGGCUUAAAAUACUACAUUUUUUUGCAAAUAAAACUCAAA